GCGGAUUGGCUGCGGCGGGCGGGCUGUAAGAUGGCGGAGUGGGUGCUUUAGACGGACGGAAACACAAUAAGAGGGCGGGCGGCGGAGUGUGCGGGAGCCGUGGCGAGUGAGCCGAGCGCUGGGGACCGGGAUACUGCGGCCCGUAGGCUCAGGUUCUCCUCAGUAUUACUGUCAAUCACCUGAACAUGCUACAAGCUUUCCACUCUUCCUGGUUCCUUUUUCUGAGGUGGCUUCCUAAUCAAUGUAAGGAUUACAGGUAAACUGUAACCAUGAAUAACUCAUUGGAUAACGCUAUGUCGUUUGAAGAGUACAUUCGGUUGAAAGCACGCACUAUCCCCCAGCACAGAAUGAAGGAGUUCUUGGAGUCACUGGCUGCAAAAGGGCCGGAAGCAUUGCAGGAAUUCCAGCAGACCACCAUGACUGUGUAUCAGCAGGGUGGCAAUUGCAUCUACACAGACAGCACUGAGGUGGCUGGCUCCCUACUCGAGCUUGCGUGUCCGGUCACAUCAACUGUACAACAGCAGGAGCACCAGAUCCAACAGCAACCGCAGCAGAUCCAGGUCCAGGUUCAGGUGCAGCAGUCUCCGCAGCACGUGUCCACACAGCAGCUGUCUCCCCAGCUGCACCCGUCGCCCGAUCAGAUUCCAGUGCAGGUGCAGUCACAGCCCGUGGCCGCCCCACAGCAGCCCUCACAGAUUCAGACCAUGCACAGUCCCAACACGGCACAGCAGCUGCAGGCCGCCCAGAUCUCUGUACAGCACAUCCAGCCUUCCCAGCAAAUGCAGACAUCGGAAAUCUCCGAGGAGCACAUUCAGCACCAGCAGAUCCAAGCCCAGCUCGUCUCUGGUCAGGCUCAGCAGAUACAGAUUCAGACAGUGGGUACCCUCUCCCCGACUCAGCCGCAGGGGUCUCCCCGUGAGGGGGACAGGCGAUCCAGUACUUCAAACGUACUCCAGCCGGUCAAGAAGCGCAAGGUGGACAUGCCCAUCACGGUAUCUUACACCAUUACUGGGCAGCCGGUAGCCACAGUGCUGACUAUUCCACAGGGGCAGCAGCAAGGAUAUGUGUCUCUGAGGCCUGACCUUCUGACGGUGGACAGUGCUCAUCUCUAUACGACUGCGGCUGGUACAAUCACAAGUCCUAGUGGGGAAACGUGGGCCAUCCCUGUGUAUUCCACGCAACCACGUACUGAUAUCCAGCAGCAACAAACGCCCACACACGUCGCCAUCCCUCAGGAGGCCUAUAAUGUGGUACACGUCAGCGGCUCACCCACCACUGUGGCCGCUGUGAAGCUGGAGGAUGAUAAAGAUAAGCUGGUGACCUCUGUAAUGAAGAACUCUCAUGAGGAGGUUGUUCACACACUGGCCAACACCAUCUUUCCGGCACAGUUCAUGAAUGGGAACAUCCAUAUUCCGGUGGCAGUGCAGGCAGUGGGAGGCUCAUACCAGGCUCAGGCGCAGUCUGUACAACUCUGGGACCCGCAGCAACAACAGCCGCAGCAACAACAGCCGCAGCCACAGCCGCAGCCACCGCAGCAACUACAGGGUCAAGCAGUGCAGGUGGCUGAAGUGGAACCUCAGCCUCCAGCAGCUUCAGAAAUGCUUUUGCCAAACACUCUGAAGCCGGAGGAAGGCCUUGGCGUUUGGAAAACUUGGGCAGAGACCAAGAACGCAGAGUUUGACAAGGACUCUGAGAACAGACCAGCUCCCAUUGGCCGCCGGCAGCCACUGCGCUUCCAGGAAAACCUCCUGUCCUCAGCAGUGGCAGAACUGAACUACGGACUGUGCCUGAUGCUAAAGGAAGCCCGCAACCCAGAGGGUGAAGCCUAUGAUCCAGACAUGCUGUACUAUAUCUGUCUCUGCAUUCAAAAGUAUCUAUUUGAAAAUGGCAGAGUAGAUGAUAUAUUUUCAGAUAUCUAUUAUACAAAGUUCACUGAAAAGCUGCAGGAAGUGUUAAAAGACUGGCAGCCUCAGAUCAGCGCUCUGGGUUACAUCAUCCCCAGUCACAUCACUGAGGAGAUGCUGUGGGAAUGCAAACAGCUCGGGGCUCACUCGCCUUCCACUCUCCUCACAACUCUCAUGUUCUUCAACACCAAGUACUUCCUAUUGAAGAGUGUGGAACAGCACAUGAAGCUGGCCUUCUCGAAGGUGGUUCGACAGACGAAGAAGAACCCAGUCAAUCCCAAGGACAAAAGCACAAGUAUUCGUUAUCUGAAAGCAUUGGGUCUCCAUCAAACUGGUCAGAAAGUUACAGAUGACAUGUACGCAGAGCAGGCGGAAAACCCUGAGAACCCACUGCGCUGUCCCAUCAAACUGUACGACUUCUACCUCUUCAAAUGUCCCCAGAGUGUGAAGGGCAGGAACGACACCUUCUACCUGACGCCUGAGCCUGUGGUGGCUCCCAACAGUCCGAUCUGGUACUCGACCCAGCCCAUUAGCAAGGAACACAUGGAGCAGAUGUUGACUCGGAUUCUGACCGUGCGAGAGAUCCAGGAAGCUUUCGCCAUCGCGGCUGCCAACCUGCACUGAAGCCUGGCUGUGAGGGCAGGCAGCACGCACACUCUGUGCACUACAAGGGACACUAAGGCCUUCCGCUGUGUUUCCAUGGAGGCUUCAGGCUGAACCAUCGAUUGUAUAUCUUUGGAUAAUUUAGUAUAAUCUGGUUUCGCUCCAGAUGCAAGGAGUCUGGCAGUUGCCUUUCUCAAGUGGCAGAUUUGAUUUCUACUUUAUUUUUUGAUGCGUGGGAGCAUUUUGUGCAGCGAGAGGGUCUGCUGUUAUGAACUCGUGUAAGGACUGCUGAAACCCCUCAGGACGAACUCAUCAUGUGAUUGGUGUGAGACGGAUCUAUUUGUAAUCUUUCUGCCAAUUGCUGGCGUAAACCUGGCCUCCACUGAAGAGAAUUUAACCUGGACGAGAGAAUAGAACGCUGAUGAAGGGUUAUAUAAUUAAAUGUUUUUCAAUACUUAAGACAAAAAUAAUGUUUUUUAGACUGACUAGAACUGAAGACUUUUCACACAUCUGGCCUAGUGUGAGGCCUUAACUCCAGGCAAGAUGCAGAGCAAAAUAAUUGUAAUAUACUCGUUUACCAUUAUAAAGA